UUGUGUCACUCAUCUGAAAUCGGGAGCGGCUGUUGCCCCGAUUCAACAUCACCCCUCUGUCGGACUGAGCCACCUCCUCUCUCUCAUCUCUCUCUCCCUCUCUCUCUCUUUCUCUCGCUCUCUCUCUCUCUCUGCUGGAACGCACGGACCUCCGCCGCUGUCCAGGGAUAAUACUCUCGCUUUCCCCGCUGCGGAACGGACCGUACAGCUGCAUGCUGCCUCUUCCCUCCCUGCCAGACCGAGACCCCGAUCGAGUUCUACAUCUGAGAUUUCUUGCUUUGGCCUGUGGGGAAAGAACCACUUGCUGCUCUGUUUGCCUGCUCGAGUGGACAAAAGAAACCAGAUCCAAUUGGACCGCAAGACGCACCGUGUACACCACCAACAAGAUAGCAGAAGACUCAAUAUUUAAAAAGAGACAUUGUUGAUUCAUCUGAAGAACUAUUCUUACUUGAAUUGAGGAGCAUCCAGAAGCUGGAGGCUCAGCUGACGCUCCAUCCAGCCUGUCCUCCAACGGGCAGGACGCCCCUCCCUUCCUCUCUCUGGAGUUCAGUUCACUCAUUAAAGUAGAGGGGCUCAUUACUUGCUUUGCUGCCGGUGUUUCCAAAUGCUGUUGUAGCCAGGUGCAUGUGUGCACACAGGCUUUCAUCGCUGACGACUGGCAGACGAUCUGAGGAGGAACAAACUCAAGGACUGCCUUUCACUGACAGGGACUAUUUCCUCAUCUGUGUUGUCGAGGCGUGCGGUUGUCGGAGGCCAUGAGUAGCUGCUGGGGUGACAGUCUACAAAAUCCUUUGACGUGGAACACCUAAAAUGGGGACAGGACUUGCCUCCAUGCAGCAGGCUCAGCUGUAAUCUCCGUGAAGACGCCCUUUCCGUUCACCUCGCUCUCCACUUAGACGUGGCCCACUCGCCCCUGACCUGCAGCGCUUCCUGAUUUGAAAACUGCUGCUCGCUCGCUGCCUCCCUCCCUUCAACUCCUUUCUUUUCCUCCUCUCUACCGAGGCCAUCUCAAACACUCUUUAUCCGAACCAUGGCCAGCAGACUCCGCGUGUCCGCCCUGUUCCUCCCCCUCCUGCUCCCUGCACUGUUGCUCCUCCACCUGCCCGGCAUGGUGAAGGGGGACUGCUGGCUGAUAGAAGGGGAUAAAGGCUACGUUUGGCUGGCUAUCUGCAGUCAGAACCAGCCUCCAUACGAGACCAUCCCCCAGCACAUCAACAGCACGGUUCAUGAUCUGAGGCUGAAUGAGAACAAACUGAAGGCCGUGCUCUUUACCUCCAUGUACCGCUUCACAAACCUUACCGACCUCAAUCUUACCAAGAACGAGAUCAGCUACAUCGAGGACGGGGCCUUUGCUGGACAGGCCAACCUCCAGGUUCUCCAGCUGGGCUACAACAAGAUGACCAACCUGACUGAGGGCAUGUUGAGAGGUCUGGGUCGAAUACAGUGCCUCUUUUUGCAACACAACCUUAUUGAGGUCAUUGCCAUCAAUGCCUUUUGGGAGUGCCCGAGCCUCAGCAGCCUGGACCUAUCUUCCAAUAAGUUGGCCCGUCUGGACCCCUCUACCUUCACUGUCCUCAACAGGCUGCUGGUGUGUGAACUAGCAGGAAACCCGUUCCACUGUGGCUGUGACCUCUUCAGCUUCCUCACCUGGCUGGAGGCGUUUAACAACGUCACACACACCUACGACCGCCUCCAGUGCGAAACCCCUCUGGAAAUGACUGGUUAUCCACUUCUGAGCCCGGUGCCCGGACACGGAAGAAAUGCCCGUUACACUCUUUUAUCCAUGUGUCGGGAUGGUGUGAUAAUUCCAGGGAUGACUUCUCAGACACCAGAUCAAGAUGGCUCAGGCAUGGGCUUUGACAACCCAGACCAGGGUCUGUACCACCAACCAACCACAUCGUCCACUGCUGACCCAACCUACAACCAUCAGAUUUCCAUGAAGCUUCAAACUGUUUCCCUCUACACCGCUUCUCUAAUGGUGCAGAUCCCGCGACCAUACAGUAAGAUGUACAUCCUCUCCCAGUACAACCACAGUUUUGGUGAAGACAUCAAGCCCCUUAAAAAAAAGAAGGAGGUACUAAUUUUGGACAAACUGAAACCGCACACAAACUACACGUAUUGUGUGGCUUCUGUAAGCAAAUCUCAGCACUACAACCACACCUGCCUGUCCUUUACCACACGAGCUAUGGGACCAGAGGACCCAGAAGCCAAUCAAUCCACAACUACCCACUACAUCAUGACCAUCUUGGGAUGUCUGUUUGGCAUGGUCAUUGUGCUUGGAGUGGUCUAUUACUGUCUCAGACGGAGACGCAUCCAGGAAGAGAAGCAGAAGGCUAUAAGUGUGAAGAAAACUAUUUUGGAGAUGAGGUACGGCCCUGAGGCUGCUGCUGCUGUGGCUAAUGAUCCAGGCGCCAUGCAGCGUCUCCAGGAGCAAGCUCACCACCAGCACCACCAUUCAGGGGGAGCAGGAGGCAAGCUGCCCCCGUCUGCCGCUUCUAGCACAGGCAUGCUCCACGGCUCUGCCAACACCAGUUCUUCCCGCCUCUCCACCUUGCCCCAGGUGGAAAAAAUGGCCAGUGCCUUCUCUGAGGCAAUGGGAGGCAAGGGCAACUACAUGGAUGUGAGGACGGCGGGAGUGGCAGGGGAAGGAAGGGAGGGUGGGGUGGGAGCUGUAGGAGCAGUGAUAGGAGGGGAAGUAGUUGUGGAUAGGCGAGGUGGUGCUGAGAAUGGGACAGAGGCUAGGGAGGAUUCGGAUGACGAUGGUCGUGGCUCAGCAUCAGAGAUUUCCACUAUUGCCAAGGAGGUGGACAAGGUGAACCAGAUCAUCAACAACUGCAUUGAUGCCCUCAAGCUGGACGCCUCUGCUAAUGUUGUAACCACGGCUGACAAUGGCAACCCUGUGUCCUCCUCCCAGCCACAAACUUGCAUCGCCUCCCUCCCUCGUAACCUCCUGCCCCUCUCUCCAGGCCACCCUGGAGAUCAGAUCAUGGCCUCCUCUCCAAAGGUGCAUCCAAAGUCUCACUCCCAGCCUCAUCCUCAGCCACAUCCUCAUCCUCAGCUACAUCAGCCACCUCACCCGCAUUCAAUGGCCCCAGUGCCCCUUGUCAUGCCCCUCUCUGAGCGGCCGGGCAUCAGCGGUGGGGGGUUCCUCUCCCCUCCUUACCGUGACCCACCCCCAGCCAAUGCAGUGCGGCCUAUUCAGAGGCAGUUGAGCACGGACACUGCUGUGGUGAAGAACCGUUGUGGUGCCCCGGCUGCGGGUUCUGUCAAGAGCAACAGGGUGUUCAGUGUAGAUAUCCCUGAGCAGCGCAGUGAUCCUCCCAAGUACCCAAACGACAAAGGCAGCCCUGUGGGUUGUGGCGGAGGGGGUGGAAGUGGAGGAGGUGGGGGGUGCAAUGGGAAUGGGAUGGGAAACAUAAAUGGCGGUGGAGUGAGUUUGAAUGGGGGCGGGAUGGGGUGUAAUAAUGGGAGUGGAGGUGCAGGUGUCGGCCCUGGACAGCAGCAGCACCACUUGGAGGUUCAGCCAGACUACCACAGCUCCGAGCACCGGCACUCCUUUCCUGCACUCUACUAUGAGGGCGGCAGCGACUCACCCUCACCGGCCCAAAAGGCCUCCUUCCUCAAGCCACUGGGCCGCACCAAGAGGGACGCCACAGCCACCUACUCCCAGCUCUCACCUUCUCGCCACCACAAUUACAACUCUGGCUACUCCUCCAGUCCUGAGUAUUCGUCUGAGAGCACACUGCGGAUCUGGGAGCGAUUCCGGCCUUACAAGAAGAGCCCCAGAGAGGAAGCAUCGUAUAUAGCGGCAGGCCACGCCCUGCGUAAGAAGGUGCAGUUUGCCAAGGACGAGGACCUUCACGAUAUUUUGGACUACUGGAAGGGAGUUUCUGCCCAGCAGAAGCUGUGAGCAGAGGAAGCUAAGUCGAAUGCUGUAAGGGAGAUUGUGAGGUUGGACUCCAACAGCAGACUAAUAAAGAAUACUAGAUGUUAAUGUAGCAAGACGGACGAUGAUUUGCUCUGAGGUGUCCAGUGACACGGUUCAUUCCCCCGGGUGGAUCCAGAGUUGAAGAGGUAUUCUCUGGGUGAUUUAAAAAAUGAAAAAGAUUCUAUGAUAAUACAUUGAUAUUUUAAAAGGUUGUUUCUGAUGGUGGCUGUGUUCACCACAAUACUGAGUGAUUGAAUCACGCUGUUCACCAGACUAGCUGUUACUGGGCACUUUGGUCCUCGCAGGCUACCGUAGGCCCACUGAAUCCCGAGCACAGAAAAAGUGGUAACAGGCAAUGUCUUCUACCUCAUUACUGGUACACUGUAGCACUGCUAUCUCACCAGAGGCAGCCCCAUUGGCUUAACCCCCCCCCCCCCCCCCACCCCGUUUCUAAUCCCAUCAAACCUCCUUUCACAAAACAAUCAUUCCACUGCACCGCCAACACCUGCUCUCCUAUAGAAGCAUCAUUUAGGGAGAUAAUGAGGGAGGGAGCAGGAUGAGGAAUUAGGUGCGUUUGUUUUAAAGUAGCCUGAAUCUCCCUCUUUGGGGGAGGACAUUAAGUGAUACUUAUCGGGCUAAUUGUUCUUCCUGGCAAUUAGCCAGUGUACGAGUCGGUCGGGGAGGAUGUGUGUCAAGCAUGCUUAUCGAUUUGAAACACCUAACUACAUAUGUUCACCGGUGUGUGGGCAUAUAGUUUGUGCAUGCUGGUGUGAGUGAUUGUGUGUGGGUGGGAGAAUGGGGUUGAGGUUGGGGCUGAGUCGCCCAUUAUUCUCAGUCUCCUCUAUGGUUGUAAAGUGGAUAGCUUAGUGGAGAUGCUUUGCAUAUAGAUAACAGUCAGGUUGGGGAGUUGUGUGUAUGUGUGUAUAUGAAUGUUUGGCCCAACCUGCCUGUCUAUCCAGAUAGCGUGAAGUAAACCCCUUCAAGACCUGCAGGCAUUUUGCUCUCCUAGCCCAUUUCUUAUUUACAGGUGUAGCAAAUUUCUUUUGAUAAGGGAAGCUAUGAGGUAGGAAAUUUACAUUUCAACAGUGCGAGUCAUGCUGGAUGGGUUUUGCAGGUUGGCAAGACAGGUGUUAGCUCCUAUAUUAAAGAACCCGGUAAUCACAUUUUGGAGUAGCGGCAGAUUGAGAGUGGGUUAGAGAUUUGCUGCAUCUCAUUUUGAGCAUGCAAGUAGUCAGGAGACAAUAUACGGUCCUCGUGUCCGCUCAAGGCAAGGUUGCAACAAACUCGAAAUAUGUCAAAUGCUGUCUGCACUACACAGUGAGAUACAAUUGAUGGUAAGCAGGGUGAAGGCCCAAGGGAUAUACUCUGCCUCCGACUGCAUGGCUCUCCACUCAGUAUGACCCUUCUUUGCUCUGGGCGGGAGUUUGCUCUGGACCAAAGUGCCCUUCAGAGGUAUGAUUUCACAAAUUUCUAUUAUAUUGGCUUUUCCUUUCCAAAAUGGUUAAUAUAGACUAGUGUAGCCCUAAUGAGCAAGAACAUAAUUGCUUUGGCAUUAUUUUGGUUUAUUGUGUGACUUUUGGGUUUGACUUCAUGGUUGUAUUAAUGAAAUCUGUGAAAAGAAAUAGGAGCAAGGCUUGGUACUAUUACAAACCAAACAAGAGCUUUGAUAUGGGGAGUUUUCUUUUCUCACUUGCAUUUAUGCACAGAGUGUUCUCGUACACAAGAGGAACACAUGCUUUAGAUUGUCAAAAAACACAAGUACUUCUCAUUUAUGUAAAUUAUCUUCAUGCACUCACUUUGCACCAACAUCCAUGCUGUCAAAAUAUAAAUGUCAGCUGGCCGUCUUUGUUUCUUUUUCUGCCCACGACUCCUAUCCUCGCCCCUGCCAUCCUGACCUCUCUUUCUGUAAUGUGAUACAUCUCAAUUGAAAUAAGGUAUGAAUUCAGUUUUAAAAUGUCUAAUUAAUUCAUUCCCCUCCGUGUUUUUUCCCCUGCCUGCCACCUCUGUCUAACUUAAUGGGGUAAAUUAAUGAGUAAUUUGCGGAGGUUGAUGCCAUAGCAUCGUCUGAGGUCAGAAAAGCGUGCUGAUGUUAUUAACUCUGCCAGACUGGAAGCCUGAUUGAAAUUAAUGACGGCUGCUUUUUCUUUCUCUUUGUCCGUGCCUCGCUCAUUUCAUUCUUAACCAGGUUCCACCUCCUUCUGUUGCCUCUAUCUCUUGUAGACUGUAGUGAUCCUCAGUAAAACAGACAGAGAAACUAAUGCAUCACCAUGAGUGUGCAGGUCAUGAGUAGGCGAAGGUGAGCUAGUCUGGGAUCUAACCUUCCGGGCAUUAUUUUUUCUCUUUGGAGUCAGAUCGCUCAUGAAGUACCAGUCUGCCAGGCCUUGAAGUCAUGUAUUUCUAUUUGAUUUUCCGCGGGCAGAACUCUGAUAUUAUCGUUGUGACAGAGCAUGGAUUCACCUGCUGUUUGAGGUGCGAGUUUGAUGCGGACAGCGUGAGGUGGCAUUUACUCUUUGACCUCUAAAGAUCUCAGUCUACAAAACGGGACUCUAUUCAGCAGGUCAGUAGAUCUUUCUUUUGUGAAGUAAAAUAAGACAAUAAUGUUCAUGUGUAUAAAGAGCAUGCUUAUUGAAAUUUUGACCUAAACUGUAUAUUAUAUUUUUGGAGUAGAACGUAUUUCCACCAAAAGCUGAUCACAGCAAGGUCUGUUACCCCUGCUAACCAGGAUAUCAUUCUUUAAUAAUAAAGUUUCAUUGCUGUGAGAACACAAUACCUUCACCUCCGCUGUAUUAGCGUAGUGGUAGAAAUCUCAGAACCUGGCCGUAUAAAAUGGAAACUAUCUGAACGGCUAGAUACCUCAAGGGGUAAAAGAGAAAAUAUGUUUGUAAUUUGCACCAACCAACCAUUUCAUUAUGCAGUAGUGAUCUAGUCACUCUUUUUGCUUCUGCUUUUUGUUAUUCCAUAUUUUGUUAUUCCAUAUUCCAAUAAUGACUCCCCUCUGACCUCUCUAUGUCAUCUGUGGCAGCCUAUCCAAUAGACCCAUCAGCGUUCACAAUGGGAUGUCGAAAGUGCAUCAUUACUCUGCUAUCGGAUCGAUAGAACUUAAUUUGGGCAGGUAGGACCAAAUACAAAAACAGAGCAAUCUCCCUUGGGCGCUCAGUUGGACAGCUUUCACUUUUUUAUAAAGAGCCCGGUUUUCUAUUUUGGCCUAUUGUUCAAAUUCCACUGGCAGCUCUCCUACGUGUUAGGUCCAAGGAAUCUCCAAUCAAUUAGUUUUAGAUUAGUACCACGGGCUAUAAGAGGUGAAAGCUUUUUUAAAAUAAUGGCUUCAUUUGGAAGAAUGGGGGAAAUAGAGCCGAGGUUACCUAUGUAUGCCCCAAAGGGUUUUCCCUAGAUGUAGGAAAUACCAUUAGCUCAGUUAUUCAUAAACAGUGUGUCCAAUUGUCAUAGAUUUGCUAGAGAGCCUUACUCAUUUCUAUCCAAUGGUCCAGUGUUCGUAUUUGAACCCUAACACUUUUAUUUCAAUCUAUACACUCAAAAACAGAUUUUACUCUGCUGUCCACAUGAUUGAUUUUCUAAAGGAAUAUGUCACUUCUAUAGUACAACACAGCCAAGCCUUGCUCCUCUUCCUCAGUUCAUAUAUAUCCUUUCCUUAGUAUGUAUUCAUCCAGAGAAUAUAUUGUUCUCACUUGACAGCCAAUGAGAGGAGUCUGACUCCAGUCCACAGGGGCCAGAAUCCACAAAUUGAGACUGACGGAUGUACAGUUACUGUACCGUAGGGAUUGCCUGUGUGUCUUCCCUCCAGUCUGGCCAAUUAACAACAAUGAUGAAUCAAUAUGAAGCAAUCUCUGGCAGCCCCAGGCUUCCAGAGGAAAACAUAACCGGGAACAAUUGAGACGCUACGACUUGUGGCAGUCUCUGAGGAGUGGAGUCAAUCCCUCUCUGUCCAGAGCUGUGAAUCCCAGAGGUCCAUUGGAACUGGUAAUCAGGCAUGGUGUCUGCUUUGAACAAAAUAAUAAAACCAUUCAAGGAGUCUCUUGUUUUCCCAACUCGUGGGUCACAGAGAGUCUGCAGAGAAAUUUAAGUUAACGUCAAGAUAGCGGUCUUUGUGAUUAACGGGUACUUUGGGUGGAACAGCUCUGGCGAGUAGGCAACAAGCUUUUUAUUAAUCGAAGAACUAGUGUAGAUAAUUUAUAUUCGCCCCAAGCUAUUUCAUGUGGGUUUUACACUCUUCUAGACAAUAUUGCUGGCUGCCUCGGGGGACUCAUUGCUACAAGUUUGGUUUCUAAUUUCAGUUUGGGCUUAUUGAGAAACAGAAAUUAAUAGUCAUGGAAAAUCACACAACCCUCUCGAUUGCCUGCUUUUGGAGUUGCGCUCAGCGCAAACCUUUGGCAGAGAAACUGUAUACAACGCAAUGGUUCCCUGGGAAUGGCAGUGAGUUCUCUUUGCCCCUGUUUAAUUAAACUUGUGAAUCCAUACGAUAAGGUCUUCAGUGGAAACAUGGACUUUGGUUUAAUGCUGUAAGCAUGAAAACACUGUCCAAAUAGAGGCUGGCUCCACACUUGCAGGAGCAAACCCAGAAGCAUUCCUCUUCCUGUCCCCAAAUGCCCCUUGCUCCCUCACCAUUAACACGUUAACGGUGCAUUGAACCUGCUCUGCUGUUAACAUAUCUUUGUGUCACAUCUCUUGGAGUUCAAUAUUGGUACAGAAAAUGGGAGUCUUGGGACAGAAGUUAUGCGAUAAAGGGAAUCCAACAGAAUGUCCCUAGAAUUUUGAUCUCCAACUUUACCCCGGUACAUUUAUCUCCCCUUGUUCUGCAAAACAGAAUGAUAUAUUUAUGUUGUAAACCUGUAAAAUAUACUACCUUUUUACAUCAGAUACAUUUCAGAAGCUGCAGUUUGGUGCAAUUCGAAGAUACAUAUUUUCGUGUGACAGUCCUUUUUUCCACUAUCGGGGUCAACAGGGCUAGCCAGGGCUAAAUUCACAUUACAGCUAUUGCAUUGAAAAUGUUCUCUAGCAUCCUGCUGCUCUUGGAGAAUAGUUAUCAGCAGUUCAUUUUACAUAAUGCAUUUUCCAAUGCCUUACAAAGACAAUAAUAAGGCAAUUAUUGAACAUGCUAACCCAGUUAUGGUACAGGACUCGUUGUGGAAAAACGGUAUCUUCAGUUUUUAGCCAGUAAGUAAGAGUCAAACAAACAUGAAAGGACAGCUGCUUUAUUUUUGGAGGACUUGGGCUGUCAUGAAUUUCGAUAGGCAGAGCCAAAGGUCUAAGAGGCGUCAAAGUCAGGCACAGAGAAUUCACAUUAUGAACUGAAAAACACAAACUGGCUGGAGUUAAUGUAACUGACCUUCUCAGUUAAGUUUAGCUGCAACUAAACUAAAUCUGUAAACAGAUUCUAAAUGCACAUGCAGAACAACAUUUUGGUAUUGGAAGUGCUCUGCUUUCCGUUUGUGUUCUGAGUUGUACUGAUCAAUCACGUCUGAGCAGACUUUGGUUGCAUGUGGGUAAACGGUCCAUGUGGAGAGCGAAAGAGGUGGAAUGUAUCGGCCGAAAUGCACAGUCGGAACCCACCGAAGAUUUAGCUUUUCAUUGGUUUAAACUUAGCUUAUAAACUGGCUACUCCAGUUGUCUCUCAACUCAAACUCCUGUCUUACAUCUCAAGUUACUAAUUAGACAUUAAACAAAGAGCCGCAAACAGAAAUAGAAGCAUUGGCCUGGAUAUCCGCUUGCUACACUGGAACCCCAGAAAUAUAGCUCCUCACAACUACUUAAGCCAGUUUAAGUUUAAAUUCAAGUGACCUGGCCUGCCAUUUGGUAGCAGUAAUGGUACGGCCAUGAAUGCAUAAAUAGUCAUUGCCUACCUCUGCCACAGAGUAUACGUUUUCAGUUCGGUUUUCUUUUUGUCACAAACUUUUUAAAGCAUUUUUUGCCGGAAUACACUACUCAGUAUUCCAGAUUUACCUUAUGGACAUAACAGAUACCUUGGCAGAGGUAUGCACGCGUCGGCUGUUUUCUACACUUGAACAUAGUCACCGGAUGGUCACACAUUGUUACUCUUUGGCUCUGCCUAAAAGAAAGGACCUUUUUUCCCUUCCGAGAUGCUCUGCCCCUGAGUGACGUGUUUGUAUCUAACUCAAAAGCUACAGAGGGAAUUCAACCGCUAACCCCUACAGUAUGAGACCAGCUGAGCUGACCUUGGCCCUGGCUAGUUUCACUGGCUCUGAAGAGGAAGCAGGACUUUGAUUUAACUGCGAACAUUGCCGUCUCUCUGCUGGUGAGGUUGAGUCGUUUAUUUGUCCGUUCAUUUCCGGGUUGACCUGAUCCUUUGAUCCUUUGACUCACAGUCAACCGAAUGGCAAAGACUGACGACGGAGGGAGUUCCCUCAUGGAUCCAACACACAACAAAAGUGAAGGAGUUUCUACCGGAGGCCAACUGUGACAAACGCACACUAAUGUAGAGAAUCAAUGAAUAUACUGUACGUGUUUGAAUAGAUUAGAGUUACACUAUAUGGACAUGAAAUGUGAGAACACAUACACCAUAUACCCUCCCAUGCAUAACUAAGUAUACAUAACAGACACACACACAUAUACACACAUUAAACAAACCACAAUGACACCUGCCCACACACAAUAUGGACUGAAUAUUUCUAUCCACGUUUACAGACACAAAUGGUCUUAAAAAGUGCCAAAAAGGCAAGUUUCAUGUGCAGGCGGAGUGGAACCAAACAUCUGUAGAAAUGAACUAAGUGUCUUUACGGGACUAAAAGCCUAAGUGUAUUUCUUUUUUGUUAUGUAUUUAUUUCUCUGUAUAAUCAAUACAUUCUUCUGCUCAACUGUUUUCAUUUUCAGCACUAUGGUUCCCAUGAUUUGUUCAAAACUGUUAUCGAUGUGUAUGUUAGAAUGAAAUUGCUCGUGGUGAAUGUCACAUUUGGAGUUCUCAUGGGUUCUUCUGAUCUGUCUGACUUCAGAAUUACAACUCGAGGGCAGUCACACAUGUUCAAUCACAUCUAACAACAACGGAAGAAGCUUUUGCUUCGGGGACAUCUCGUAUUUAGAUCAGCUGACAGCACAAUGUUUAUCCAACUAGUAGAACCGUAUUUAGAUGUGAAUAUUUAGGAUUAUAUCAAGUUUUUAGUCAACCAAAGUUUUGGAUUUAAAAAGAAAAGAAAAAAAAGUACGUUCCCAUACAAUGACACUACAUUUUUUCGGGGGGAUUACGUUUGCUUUUGACUUUUCAAAUGAGUCACUGGAGGUCCACAUAGAGGUCAGGGUGGAGGACGGGUAAAAAAAAUCACAGGGCUUUCGCCUGCGGGAAGCAAAUACUUUGAGUUUUUGUUUUCUAUCAAUUUCGUAAUCACUCAGGUUAGUUAGUUUUUUUUACCAAAUCUAACAAAGUAGUUUUGUAGUGUGCUUUGAUUCAAUGAACAUCAACCGCAUGUGUGUAUGUGUGAUUGAGGGAGUUUGUUUUGACUGUCGGUUCGGUCGCGGGAGUGACGGCUGGGUAGUGGGGAUCUGAAGCAAUUUCAAUUAAUCUGCCUUUCAGUCUGCAGGGCUCUCCAAUAAGGCCAAGCUCAUUCACUUGCUCGCUGUCACUCUGACACACACACACACACACACACACACGCUCUCUCUCUUGCUCUGUGACACAUGGAUUGUAAUUGCAUGCUGCCCAUUUCAUACACACAGUUCACUGGCACAUACACACUGAACGCAAACAAUCAGAACAAAUACACAAUUUCAUGUCUCACACAAGCACUGGUUGUAAUUACACACUAUCACGCGUACACACACACACACACACACACACUGUUCUCUAACACAGGAAUAUUGUUUCAUACAUAAUUUCAUCCCUAUUCAAUGCAUGCACCCUCCUCCUGGCUGAGUGAAUUAUUCCCUUUCUGUAAUGCUUUUACUCCUGCCCCUCCAUGCCUGAUUAACAUUAGUGCAGCAGGUUAACUUGCACUCUGACAACAAGCGCGGUGUGCUGGUUGCCCCAACACCUGCCCUGCAGCGUGGGGGGGGCCUGAGUCAAAAUAAUUGUCUGACAGGGACUCCCAUAACAGCUGGGUUCAGUGAGUUGAGGGAAAAGAAAGGCAAAUGGGAGAGAAAGAGAGACUGAAGAAGAUGAACAGGAAUGAAAAAGAAAAGAAAGUGACAAACAGAUCAAAACUUUUGAUGAAGAAGGGUUGAAUGCUCCAUAGGUCAUCUUAAUCUCCCACUGUUAAACGAGACAAAUCAUCAUCCACCUUUUUAAGUCCAAACUUGUAUUUUGGGUUUAUACGAGAACAUGUUUGCAUGCUUUAAUGUUAAAAAAAACAAAAAACUAAAUAUUUUUCUGGCUCUGUUUUAGUGCCUGUCACUUUAAGACCCCCUCCCACAAAACCCAGUCUGCUCUGAUUGGCUAGCGAGAAAAAUACGGUGCACGUUAGCAAAAGUAGUUUUCAAACAACGUGUCCUUGUUGCUUGAGAUAUCUUAUGAAAAGUUGCAUUUUUUGCUCCUUUUCCGACAAAUGUCAAAGGAAAGAACUUAACUAAAUUUAGGCAACAAAAGGAUUUGGUUAGUUAUUGGAAAAGAUCGUGGUUUGGUUUCAAAUAAUUAUGGAAGUGGAUUUGCUCAAGUACAGAAGUUACAUGACAAAUAGAUGGGGGUUGACUGACUGGUUUGUCUUAUUUCACAGUUUUGGAGUUGGUAGUCAGUCCAGGUACCCAAACGUAUGUGCACAAGCACUGAAAAAGUGAAUUAUUCCACAACUUGUCCCCUUUAAAUCCCUUUGUGUGAACGACCUUGCGCGAGAGGCACAACUGUACACAGUAAGUACUGCAGUUUGACUGGCUGACUGGGAGUCAAACGUGUCCUUGAGCAAGGCACUGAAGCUGAAAGCAUGCACCGGGGUCAGACUGUAGCUGUAUCCCAGAUAUGAUUUCAAUAUCCAUAACGACAGACAUUUAAAAAUAAGACUAUUUUAAGUUUGAUUUUUGUCCGCAGUAGGCUACCCACCAAGAGACAAAAACCAACAAUGUGUUAGUCAGUGCAAUAUACGCUGCCGUUUAACAUUAGCUGUUGAGUUAAUUUAUUUCAGUGACGAUGUUUAGUUAGAUGUCUGUCCUGCUCAUAUAAACUCCUGAUUCCUGCCCCAGUGCAUCAUCUUUUUUCUCGGGUGUGGACUAAUGCCUUUUUGACAGCUGUUGAUUCUGAGUAAUACUGUCGACUCCAAACAGCUGGAAACGGUGUUUUACAAAAGGCACGAAAGUGUGUGUGCAUAUUUAUUUGAUGGGGUAUCAUUUGAGUGGGUGAAUCCCAAUGGGUGGCAUACCACGAUGUGGCCUCUAGUGUUUGAAUCACAAAGCUGCCUUUGUUUUAUUGUCCUGGUAAAAUAAUAGCGACAUGAAACGGGAACGUUUCCCAGACAAAUCCCUGUUAGCUAGCGGGGAACCCAAGUGCUGGAAACUUCAGAGGACGUCCCAAAAGUACAAAGAAAAAGGACAGCGUGAUCCAAUUGUCUGACAACAAUUGUCUGCUUUUGCUUGUUGCCCCGUGGGGGGGGGGGGGGGGGGAGAACACACGCUGCAAAAGGUAAUAAACAUCCAAAUAGUGAGAGUGGUAGCAGAUGUCUAUAGGGUCUAGAAAGCAUGUGAGAGUGCACGUGACUGUCCUGUUUGUGCAUGUGUGUUUCUCUGGGUUCGACUGUGCUGAUGUUCCUUGUCUAACUUCUUGUUACGUUGCUUGGAUGACAUUUUGUCUCCUCACUCUCUCUCCCUUGAAACAUUACUCGUCUUUUAUAUCAGUGAUUUACUUGUAUUCCACUGAAAUGAUGUUCUUGUGUUCAUCUGGUUCUCACAAAAUGUGAAGGUGGAAGCAGCAAUGAGGCUGAGAGGAGUGUCCGGUCAAAAAUCAGUAAUCUCUGUUUUCUUUGACGACUUUUCCCCCCAUAUGGUUGUUCAGGGUCUUCCCCAGGAAAUGUGUUGGCAGAGGGAGUCAGGGAAUGUACAGUGUGAUCGAUCUGACACGUCUUGACACCUGCAACGUGAAAUAUGUUGACAGAUCACAAACGUAGCUUCAACACCUCUGACACGAACCUGGUUGAAAGUCCUGUGUUUGUUUGACCCAACCGCCAUAAGAAGUCUUUUUCACCCUUUAAACUCCACCAUUAGCUCUGAGUGUUGCAUAUUCAUGUGGAGUCAUUUAAAAUGAGCGUCCACCGCUACAGAGGAUGAUAAUUGACUCUCCAUUGGUUUUGGCGGAACAGUCAAGGUUGCUAGGUAGCAGAUAAGAACAAAAGGCUGUCAUUAACUGCCUUCUGCCGUCAUCGUAUUGGGAAAAGUGCUGGAUGGAGGAUAUUGCUGCGGGACGGAGACACACAUCCAAAUAUACAUACAGGAUGUGUAUACGCACUCACACACACACACCUAAUAAGUUAAUGACCUUUCUACAACAGCAUCUAUCAAUUCGACAUCAGAGGAAGCAUCAGAGUGGAGAUGGAGUGAGAGGACGGCAACAGGGAGAGAUUGCACAGAAAGAUUUAAAAAUAAUGGAAAUCCAUUAUAAGAAAUAACUCAUUUUUAAUAAUAAUAAUUAAUGACUAUUAUUACAUGGGCCAUGCUAAGAGUUUCACAUGAGCCACAGUAAGGAUGUGUGAUUUUCUUCAGCCCGUCUGGCGUCAAACCUGUCUGGACAGCCAUGAAAAUGUCAGACUGGAACCUCAAAGAGGCAAACAUCAAAGGUCUCACACCCUGGGGGAACCUGUCUCAUUGAAAUGUGUCUCCGCGCAAUGAAAUGUGAGCAUCAUUACAUUUUACAGUCGGAAGGCUAAUUUCGGAUGAUUUUCUAGAAAAUGGCUGCCUCCGGCCAGUGAUGUCAUCCUCCAUCAGCUGCGGUCCGGAGACAUAAUCUGCAUGCUCCUCCUCCUCCGACUGAGCGUUUGGAUCGUUUGCUUUGAUAAGACGAGCGCUCUGUGUUCGUGUGCUGAGCUCACUUUCAUCAAACGCAGCACCGCUGCCGCCGCUUUUUGUUGGCUCUGAUUUAAAUAAUUACCUCACUAAACAAGCAACAGCGUACAUCUGUCUUCUCAUAAACCCAUACUAUGUGAAAGGCAGCCUGAUUAAAUGGGCAACUGUCUUUUCUUUUACAACCCUCCCAGGUAGGAACCUGCUCGAUUAAACACAAAGCAAUAUCUGGCUAUUAUCUUCUGCGUAACCCUCCUGAUUAACAGUGGAGCACUCUUCAGGCCUCACUUUACCCAGCUGGUCUUGUUGUCCUGACUCUACCCCCGUCUCACCAUGACUACUAAGACGCUCUCAAGUUGUUGAAGUGAAUCAUCGCUUAUUAAAGAUACAGUUGUCUAGCACAGCCCGGUGUCACUUUGUGGCUGGAUGAAAGCGCAAUAAAACCUUUUAGCUGGAGCUCAGAGAGAGGACGUUAAGCCCCCCCAAGAAUCGUGUUCUUGGCUUCCAGAGGGGGGGUGGCUGCAGUGUGUACCAACACACACACACACAGGUUUUCUUCGAGCGAUUCUGUUAAAUACUUUACCGCUGCCUAUCCCACUCCCACAACUUGAUUAAAAUCUUCUCACUUCAUGUGCAGCAGUUACCGUUUCAGAGUCUGUGAUGCUCCGCUUCAUACUCGAGGAGGGCUGAUGAGGCGGAUAUCGGAGUAAAAGUUAAGGACUUGUGUCGAAUUGCUGUGGAGAGGGAAAUGAAAGGACAGGAACCACAGAUGCGGUUGGAAGAGGAAGACGUAGAAGAGGUGUAUAGACUGAAACACAGAAGGAGAAAGGAAGAAGGGUUAGCUAAGAGCUUUAGCUGAUGGAAUGACAAGAGAGCUAGGGAUCUCAGACGCUGUGGUGUACGACACGACAAUUUCUUAACUAAUUUGCAUGCUAUCACAACGCUGUUGCUUCUCAUGUGUCAAUUCACGCCAUUUAGUACAAUUGAAUCUGUAUGGACUGCAUUGUGAAACUAGCCGUUUGAAUAUGCUGCGCUCAGAGCUGAUGACGUAGAAUGAGCAAAGAAGAGUAAAUGACUCAAUAUAAAAAGGUACGAAAGACUACUUAUGGUGAGCAGGUCAAACAAACACAGGACUUUCACCCAGGAGAACGCUGUUUGUGUCCUGUGUGAAACCAAAAGUCUUCACUUAUGUUGAAGUGACGUUUGUGACGUGUUUGUGCAGUCAGGGGGACGAAGCUAGCGUUUUCUUUCUUAUAUGUUAAAUACAAAAGAGAAUUUUUUACAAUACGUUCCUACUUUUGUUGUGUUUAGUGAAGCAUAAUCUGCAUUGACAGCUGUUUAAAUCACAGAAAUAUGUGUUUGAUUUUCCAACUAACUUGCCAAACACUGGAAAUCAUGAAGUAGUUUGAAAUAAAAACUGACCUUUUCUCAUGUAGGUAUGAGGACUUGUUGGGAAAUACACACAUACAUGCCACACUUCUAAAAUGUGCCAGUAAUCCUUUGAUGAUAGUCAUCAAAAUAAAAGACAUUACUCUGGAUUCACAGAUGAAUCCUUUAAAUUGAGUCCCAGUGAACAGUAGGAGGAGGGACACGGUGUCAAAGACAUGGAAGGACAGGAAAGGAGGCAUUGAAGAAUCCCAAAGAGGAAAAGCAUGUAGGAUAUUAUGAAAUAUGAUAGAGGCAGCUUGUCGUGCUCCGCGGGCAGAAAGGUACAUUUAGGAAGCGGAGAGGUGGUGGGUGAAGGCAGAGAGGGGGAAUAAAAGAGAGUAAGAGCUUGCACGGGACAGUUCUUUGGAGACAGAUGCAAUGAGAUUUUCCUGAAACAAUAUUCGGAACGCCACUUGGACGAUCAUCCACCUCCCCCGCCUUUUCCCCCCAACGCCCGUCUCAUCUCUCUCUCCUCAUCUGUCACUCUCUCUCACUGCCUCCCUACCAUUUCUCCCCUUCCUGCUACCCCCACCUCCCUCACCCACAAUCCCCCCUCUCCUCCCUCUUUUGCAGCUGAAAUGACACCACGCUCCUGGAGUUUCAUCAGAAUGUGCCUGGCAUCACUGAUGGGACCAGGAACCGCGUGUGUGUUGGUCUUACCAUGUGCUAAUUUAUGAGCAUAUACAAAAAACACAGAUAGCACGUUAGUUAUCCCUUUAGCGUGUGUGAUGUGUAGUCCUAGUUUCCUGCUCUUUACGAGCGUGUGUGGGCGUUUCAGUUGAUGCUUUUGGAUUUACAGAGUGCCAUGGCAUGUAAUACACAGCUCUGCCCAGGGGCCGAUCCGGUCUGCUGCACGGACGCUCAUCAGUGGUUCCAGAUGUUCGUGGUUAGAGGUUGGAAGGAGAUAUAGGUUUUUUAAAACGUUAUGUUUCUACCUAAGAACCUGUGGAGCUAACAUUAACAGAGUACGUUAGCAUUAGCACUUCUAUGCUACGCUAGCCACUGAAGGUAGCUUUUUACUUUUUAAUAAUUGUAAUAGUGAAUGUUAGUUCUACCCGGCUUCACAAGAACAGUGUUGUUCCUUAAUUUCAUUGUCUUAUGUCUGGAUCUCCAGGUGAUGUCGUGAUGAACACUUCAGCUUCUAUGUAGACCCGAAUGUUCUGUCCAUCUCUGAAAUCGCUUUUUCGUUAUUCUAAAAAUUUGAUAAUAUUCAUGCAGUGCUAACAAAGUUUCAAUGAGGUUCGCUUUGAGUUGCAUCGAGAUGACUUUGAUAUAACCUGAAGGUACCUUAAAUCUCUCUGUAAAACUGGGGUCAGACAUUGUCCUAAUGUCAGUUCAAACCCGUUGCAGAAUUACAAUCCGUCAUUUCAGUUUUUAUUGAGAAGACAUUCUGCUUUUAUAUCAACAGAUGAGAAUAAGCAGAGAAGGGAUGUGAAAGUGAGCCUAACAUGUCUUUUCACAACUAUCAAGCAUUGUAUUGCCAAAUGAAAGCCAACUGUCUCAGUCAUCAUUAACAGUGUCAUCAGCCACAGCUAUCACCCUUACACCAUGCGUUCUCACGUUGAGCUCUGCCUCUGACAGCGCGUGAGAUCACAUCGUAUGGAUGUGACAGCUAUACACGAUACGACAAGAGUGUUAAAACGUGUUGGGAAACCAACAGCAGAACGCCGGCUUGCAAAAAAAUGACCUGGCCUGGGGAAAAAUUGAUCGGUAUAAGAUUUACACAUUAUCAUUCUCCCCAGCGCACAGAUGAGACCCAGUGCUCCCAAAGCCAAUUUGCAUCGUGGACGUCUUCAUAACCAGAUGUUAUUUUUCACAAUUACACUCCAUAGUUACAGUAGAUUCCUCUCCAGAAGAAAACGCUUAAAUGCUUCUCAGACUGCGAUCACAUCGCUGUGUUUUGCGAGCCGUUGCGUGACCUCAAUCAUAGAAGCCGAAUCAGUCCCGUUAGCCCACAUCACCAGCUGUUGCCAUGGCGAUGGCCCCAGGUGGCACGCCGGUGGACUCCAAAUCCACCACAUUUUCUCACGCCACCGAGAGAUCAUCAACAUCUCAAUCAGUGGCCGACAAUAGUCUCUCUGAAGUGAUAAUUUGAUAAUUUGCAGAGCGAGCCGAUAAACACGUUUCCCGCCCGUGGUCUUGGGGGAGAGUCGUCUCUCUCUCUGCCAGCUAUUCACAGCUAAUUCUGCCUCUCGAGUGACCAAGACGGACGUCGGCUCUCCCCCGUCGUUCUCCAGCAGUGUCACACUCCAGCCGCCCCCCCCCCCCCCCCCUCAUUUCCUCUUUUGUACUUUUUGGCUUUGCCCUCCAUCUUCAACAGUGGAACAAGGCAAAUCACUGCCAAUGCUUCAAACGUAAGAAAUCUAAUAUUUAAAAUGUAUUUUUAUGCAUGUAAGCAGAUGUUUACUAUGGUAAUUAUCAGAGAUGUGGUUGGUCAAUUAUAACUUCCAGAGAACUGAAGUUGUUUUAAAUGGAGAGCACAACAGGCUUUUUUACACCGUCCUCCCCCUUUAUGUCGUCUUUACAAGCAGGUUUCUUACAACCCCUACAUCCGUUGUUGUGACAAAAGUCAACGUUGACUUGCGAACGUAAUUUAAGUUACGCAACAAACGCAUUAAUUUGAAUUGAAAACCAUCAUCUUUUCCUAAACAUACCCAAGUAUUUUUGUUUCAAUACAUAGCGUUAACCACGUGUUUAAAACCAUGUGUCACUGGUAGUCUCCAAUGAUCAUAUCUGUUGUUUUGGGACUCACAGUUAAUCUACCAAUUCUGUUGUUCAGGUACGAGAUGAACUCAUCUGAGUUUGUUCCUUUGACAAAGUUUAUGAUUAUGGAUGUGACACAUAUCAAACCAAUGAUUGGUUGUAGCUGAUCAGGUCGCCCAUCUCGCCCUUCUUAAAGCUGGACAGAACGUCUUUCUGCAUAAGUUCUUAUUGACCACCUGAGAAGACAAAUCAAGUCUUUAAGCUGGUCGAUGUAGCACUGAUGUCGCAGACCCGGUCACUGAAACAGUCCAAUUAACGAGACGUGAUUAACCCGUCGAUCUAUUUAAACUACUUGGUCUGUUUGUAACAGAUCAGUAUGAACCCCCUACAAACUAUACAUUUUCUGUAGCUCAUCCCACGAGAACCAAACACUAGAGUGAGACUGUAAUUGCCUUCCAAAAAGACAAACAAGCAUUUUCAGAUUUGCUGUCUUCAUAGUUAACGCAUAGCUCCAGUCUCUGAAGUUGAACUCAACCACACUGAUCUCAUCCCUGUAGCUUUAAUAAAGUCACACGGGACUAUACCGAACUACAGCUACAAACGCAGCAAAAAAUCUUAAAACAGCCCAAUAAGUGCCGUCUUUCUGCAGUUAAGUCGAAAAAAGUUAAUGACAGCACUUCUGUCUUUAUCUGUCCAGGAUCAUGAAAAGUAAAUUUGGACUACUCCUACUAGCCAAGCAUGAAAACAUCUCAAAACUAAAUUUUAAUGUUUGAAGAAGUGCUUUAAAUCUAAUGCAACUGGACUAGAGGGGCGAGGGAGGGAAAUAAUGAGCAUGUAGAGACAGAGAGAGAAGUAUAUUCUUAAUCACCCGAAUUACAAUGGUUGUGUGUGUGUGUGUGUGUGUGGACGACGGGGGGCUAUUACAUGCACAUUACAUUAAUGGUGUGCCUGUGUGUUUAAUUGAAUUGCUCUAAUCUUAAUAACUGCAUGUAACAUCAUGCAAACGCCAUUUUCUGUAUGUGGCUGCGCCUGCAGCCGUUUACACUCUCUACACUGUGACUUUGUUGUGACCCCGUACGAGCAGCCCAGUCGCCAGCAAAUAAAUGUUGCUCUUACACGUUUCUGAAAACCACACUUUAUGUUGAACAUCAUUGUUUUUUGCAUUCAGCCAGAGCAGGAGCGGGUGUGAGGGGUCAAACAAAUACGAACUUUCAACCUGGAGUUAGCCAUUCGUGUCCGUGUGACGUCAAAGUUAAACGUUUUAUUUAUUACGUAAUAUUGCUAAGCUGGUUGGGUAACGUUACGUUAAAAAAAGUUUGCUCAGGGUGGUUGUCCUUUAUGGACGAUAGUUCUGCUGUUACGUUAUGUUGACACUUUAUUAUUUGGUCUAUUUUGCUGCCUGAACCGAACCAAUCUUUCCAACGUCUUAUCCACGUGGCAUUGCGCAUUUCUGCAAGCGUGAUAGAAGGCUGAUAUGAAACGUAUUUAUGAAACGUAUCGUCGACAACACAUUUGUGGGUUUGCAGAAAACGACUGAAUGAGUGACGACAGAGUUGCAUAUGAGUGGAAUUAGUGUCGGAGUUUCCCACUGUGGAAUAGCACACACACACACACAUAUGCCAGGUGAGAGACUUUAGGAAUCACAGAGUAGUGGUCUUGCCAUGGGAGACAGAUCAGCUAACUGCAUUUUGUUGUCGUGCAAAAGGAGAAACGCACACACACACACACACACACACACACUGUUGGCAAUGCCUUGUUGGAUGUUUGUCUGCCUUCAUUAGCAUCAGAUUUAGCCGUGUUAACCAUCCGACACAUAGCCAAACAUUUUAGCUCUUUGUUCAUCCGCUGAGGCUGUUUAAGUUCGGGGGGGAAACGUUAAAGCAUUUAACGCUCGAUGGUUAAAUGGACGGAGACGGAAAAAAGCAAAAUACUGAUUUUACUCCUGAGUCCAUUCUUUAACACAAGUAAACAAGUACAAAUUUAACCAUGACAGAUUACAUUUUUAUUGUAAUUAGUUUUUACAUUUUUACUCGGUACUCAUACUGAGGUUGGUUCAUUCAUCCAUCAUUUUUCAUAACAUUUUCGAGAACCACUAACCAGAUGUGCCAUUAAACUUACUGUCGAUAUUCAUGAACCCCAGAUGAUCAAUCCCUUUGUUUGUCUCGACCAUUCUUCAUCAUAACCACUUCUGCCUAAAAAUAGGAAAUAUCACAGUGUAACAAACAGUCAGAUGGACAGAUUGCCAUUAAAUUCCCCGAGCACAUUCGUGCUCCCCAGAGGAUGAACCAUGAAGAAUUUGGACAAUGCAUCCACCCACAGGCCAACAUAUUGCCUGUAAAAAACAAAAUGUCAUAAUGGAAUAACUUACCAUUAAAGUCAUUGAUUACAGUUACAACGUAUAUUAUUUUUCCUCAGGUUAAACUGACUAAACAGGUUUAGUCUGAUGAACAUAACAGCCUCAAGGGAUCAUUAGUGGGAUGUCAUUUUUUAACAAUGUUUCUUCCUGUGAUUCAUAUUUUACUAAAUUUCAUCAACAGAUUAAUUAAUUUGGCAAUGUUUCCAUUUUCUUUACAACCUCAGAUCUCUCUUUUUGAAAUAAUGAAAAAUCAUUAUUUUCCCAUCUCUUACAUUAGCCAUAUACUCAGUUUUAUUUUAAAUAUAAAAAUCAGUUUUUGUAGAAAUGAUCAACCAAGAAAACACUAGUUUUGUGUUUGUAUUAAUGAGCCCCGAGCUAAAGAAUACUGGAGAGACUGUGUCGGGACAUUUGCAUUUUGCACAAACAAACAGAGAGACAACUGCCAGUCUACAUCAUUUGUUUGAUCAGCUUUUUGUAUUUCUAUUUUGCUCUGCCUCACAUUUUAAUGCCACGCUUUUUGUCACUGCCGCUCAACUCUGGACUCAACUCUGACCUGACUACUGUGGAUCACCGUCCAAAUGUGGAAAAAUAUUCAGAAACUACUUUGGAGAGUUACAAUAUGCACCUACAGGCCUUUAGACAUAAAGUGUAGUGUUUGUCCUGCCCAUUCAAUUGAACAGGUCUUGUAUCUGCAUUUAACCAUAUUCUCUCUCUCUCCAUCUCUUCUGUCUGUUGUUAACUGCCGGCCACAACAUCAGCAAAUUCCCCAAAAUAUUCUAAACCUUGUAAGAAAACAAAACAAUCCCACACAAAUGAAAUGAUUGUCCCGUGGACACAGAAAAAAUUAAACAAAAUGUAUAUUAUGAAUCCUUUUUAUCCUCAUUUCAACGUCAAAGUUGUACACUGUUGCCCUGAGAGUUGUUCUUAUCAAAUACAGAAAGUGGACAAACAUUAUAUUCUACUGAUAGUAUUUGUGUUUCCAUGCUUUUUUUAUUUUCUUCUUGUACUUUUUUAACACUCAUACUUCUACACGUGUGCCAGAUGUUAUUAGUUGAGUUUGUAAUGUGAAGCGACAGAUCAGAGGGGAACCAUGACACUGUAAGUGUGACACGCAUGACGAUGGAUGAAAUUCAGACAAUGAGCUGAAAUGUGAAUAUGGUUUGUCUCCACUGUACUGCCUCGACUAACAGACGGCUGGUAUUGUGUAACGUUCACUGACCCGCGUCUGUGGCGGUAGCUAUUUCUAUCCAGCCUGUGCUCAUUUGCGUUGACUGUUGUUCGCUUUACUUUGUGUACUUUGAUCUAUUUCUGGUGUGAUUUUACAGCAGUUUGGUUGCCUGUUAGGGAGGCAGCGUGUAAACUAAACAAAGAAGGCAAACAAACAAGAUAAAUCUGUGAAUUUUGUACAAACUGUAGGAACAAAUGACUGUUUUUCUACUGAGCCUGUUAUCUCUAUAUGUUUCUCUGGUGGAGGGGAGGGUGGGAGGAGAGGGGUGUGUGGAGGUGGGGGUGAGACUUUUCUGUAAGCGGUCGGGGAGUGUGCAAUGACGACUUGUAAUUAUUAAGAGAAUCCAAGGUAUAAAGGUGGAAAAAAAUGUCCCUUAUGACAAAUGAAAUAAAGUGUUAUAUUUGCAUGAUUUCCUGUAUUUUCAUGGAGCAGAUAUUUAUGGUUGUGUAUACUGAGUUGAUGUACAUCACAUUAAUAAGUGUUUAUUAUGAAAAUACUGUCGCUUUCUUCUGUGAAUAUAAAUAUACAGUUUUCAUAGCUCUUUUAUGACGAA